AGUGGUGUCGGAUCAGAAAGUGUGGUGCUUUGUUUUGGUUUUUAAUGCUAUUUUUCCACACUGCUUUUCGCAAUGAAAUUCUCUUUUACACCAAUUUUCUUCCGGCAAAUCUCAAAGUUUGCCACAAAACCAUCAGUUAACUUGGAGCAAAAUGUCGCAAAGGCACUAGAAAAUGUUGAAUUUAAACCGAGAAAACAUCCUGGAAUUGUCAAGGUAAAGACUAUAAAAAUGCCCGAAUUCCUCGAGGAGAGCAUCCCCAAGGUCAUCAAGGAUUACCCUAUGGCUUCAGUGUGCAAUGAUGCUGAAGCACUGGACAGAUAUCUGUGGAGCCGGCAUCCGCCUCCGACUCUCGAAGAGGUCAAGAACAAACAGGAAAAAUUCCGAGCUAUGUUGAUUGAGAAGCACAAGUACAACUUCCAGGAGAUGUCAGAGACUGAGAGGCAUCAUGCCAGCAAUGUUCUGUUCCAGCAGGUGCAAACACGGCUGAAGAAGGAAGUUUAUUCGUGGAAGAAUGUUCAGUACGACGAAUACAGAGCCCUACAGUACCUUCUGGGCAGAUCUCCAGGGGAAUAUGCUUCGAUGCUGAGGAUCCUCACUGAGAUUCAAGAGAGGGAUCCAGCAUUUUCCCCACGGAGUUACUUUGACUUUGGCUCAGGAGUAGGAAGUGCUCUCUGGGCCACGAUAAAUGUCUGGCCGAAGGAGAAGAUCUUUGAGUACUUCAUGGUGGAUGCUUCCAGUGACAUGAAUGAUUUGUCAGAGCUAAUUCUCAGGCGAGGUAAUCCUGACAUUGAGCCAAUGGUCAGGAAUUACUUCUACAGACAAUUCCUGCCCGCAACAGCGACAAAUACUUACGAUCUUGUGGUGUGCUCCAAUUCGCUCUUCGAGCUGCCCUCGAAGGACGCCCGGCUGAAGACUCUCAAGACGCUGUGGUCAAAAUGCGAAAACUACAUGGUUAUCGUGGAAAGAGGGACAAAAGCUGGAUUUAAUUUGAUCACCGAAGCCAGGAAUUUCAUCCUGAAAAUCGAUCCAGAAAACUGCCAUGUUCAUUCUCCGUGUCCUCAUGACUCCGUCUGUCCAAGGAGAUUUGAAGAUGACGGAACUCCGUGCAAUUUCACUGUAAAAUACGAAAAUCUUUCUGCUUUCCACAAGAAUCGCAUUCAAAAUGAAAUAUUCAGCUACGUUGUACUGCGAAAAAAACCUCGAGAUCUCAGCAGAAGUGAAGAUUCCUGGCCAAGGAUUGUACGUCCGGUUCUCGUACGCGCUAAACACUCCAUCUGCCGGAUGUGCACGAAAGAAGGAAAACUGCAGGAGGUGAUUUUCACGAGUGCCAAGCACGGAAAACUGACCUAUCAGUGUGCCAGAAGGAGCAACUGGGGAGACAGAUUGCCCAUCAAUAUUGUAAAUCCAGAUCCAGAAGGUGCAGUUCAGGCAAGUGAAAGUGUAGAAAGUGUCGAAAGAGUUGAAAGUGACGAGUUGAGUGAAAAGUGACGAGUUGAGUGAAAAGUGAGGUUAGGCAGUCAAAUGCACUUUAUUAUCCAAAAUGGCAUCCAUUUAGAGAAUAAAUAAUUGCUAAUGUUCUAAAAGGAA